GCGCAGCUGCAGCUGAUUUCUGAACACAGUCAAAUUGUUUAAUGACAAUGCAAGAGUACUACUUAGUGUUGUCUUUUCAGCCUUAGAUCACAGUUAAAUCCUAUAAUUCAAGGCGUUGGCUAUGCACGUUUGAAGGAAACAUGUCAAAUUUUGAAGAUGAGUUAAGGCCAGAUGCAGAGGCUUCGAGAGUCAUCAGCGAUGAGGAUUUAAUAAAUAUUGAAAUAAAAGAGCUGAACAAGAAAAUCAAAGAUCAGGGAGUAUCCAGAGAGCUCGCCAUUAGACUGAAGCAGAGACGCAGAACCCUGAAAAAUAGAAACUACGCUACGAGUUGCCGAGAAAAGAAAGACGCAGAGAUAUCUACUCUUGAAUCUGAGAGAAACCAUGAGCUGGAUGAGUUAAGGGACUUGGAGCAGGAGAACCAGAGGAUUCGGGAGCGUGUUGAAACAAUGCAGAGACAAUAUUCCAGAAUUAUUGAUUUUGCUCGAGAAAAUAAUCUUGAUGUUAGGAACGAGGAUCUUGAAUAUCCUUUCUCUCCGGAAGAACGGAUUUCUGACUAAAUAGUGAGAACUUUGU